GUAAUUCUCCGUGAGUCCCGGACCUUCUCAAACCUUCCUCUACCACUGAAAAAGAGAAAAUUUUCCAACUCAAAAUAAAUCUUGGAAGAAGAAAAAGCUCUUACAACAGGAGUAACUGAGACUCUCAUUUCAUUUUGCCCAGCUGUUGAAAUCGGCAAUCUUUUUAAUUCACUUUCAAACAGGUCAAACUAGAGAAAGAGAUCACGCGUAGAUCGUAAUCUCAUGCAGCGUUUUCCUGCUCUUACAAACAAUCUCAAACUAGUCUUCCCGGUUUCAGGAUCAAACGCAGGUAAAAUAGUGAGAGCCAUAGUACCGAAGAAACUGAAUGAGAGCAAUGGCGAAAGAGAAACAAUGAAGAAGAUUGAGGAAUCGGUAGAGCCACUGGUUGCCUUCAGUAGACCACCACCAUUUCCACCAUUUGUUGGUCCAUUGGUCAUGUAUUCUCUUCUUCAAUCAUGGUCUAGCCGCGAUGAAGAUGGCUAGAUGCUGGCGUGGAAUAUAUAUAUAUAAACUAUAUGAGAUGUAUGCCUAAGUUUUCUUGACCAAAGUCUAGAUAUUAACCGAAUUAACCGAGUCUUUUAGCAUAAUCUUGUGAUAUAUAUGUUUCUGAUUUCAUCUAUGAUGACAAAAGCUUUUAUGUUGUUUAUAUUAAACCAGUCAUUUGUCUUGUUUUCUUAAGCUUCAUGUGUGUUACAUUUUCAUCUAGUUUUAUUUACUCUGUUUUGUCUUGCAAGUUAGUAACAAAAAAAUAUCUUCA